AUGAUUAUCGACAUGCGUCUCUCGUCAAAGAUGCCUACCCGAUUCAGCCAGACGCGCAAGCACAGAGGACAUGUCUCUGCCGGUCACGGUCGUGUAGGAAAGCACCGCAAGCAUCCCGGUGGUCGUGGUUUGGCCGGUGGUCAGCAUCAUCACCGAACCAACUUUGAUAAGUACCAUCUGGGUUACUUCGGCAAGGUCGGUAUGCGAUACUUCCACAAGACCAACAACCAAUACUGGCGACCCGUCGUCAAUCUCGACAAGAUCACAUCACUGCUGCCGAAGGAACAGCAAAAGGCGCUCGGUGGAUCAUCCGAGCUCGUUCCUGUCGUCGACUGCAUCGCUCAUGGCUACAGCAAGGUGCUAGCCAAGGGAAGGAUCCCGCAAGUGCCGCUCAUCGUCAAGGCCCGCUAUGUCUCCAGGAGGGCAGAGCUCAAGAUCAAAGAGGCAGGCGGUAUCGUCAAGAUCGUCGCAUAGAUGACCUUUGCGCCCCAUCACGCGCUUGUGCUCUCAAUUGCAGCUCCAUGUCUGUACUGCUCUGCCUUUGCGUGCCUGUGUUCGAUUGACAACAACACAUCAACUACAAUAUAGCCCUUCAAGCCGCGACGGGUGGCUUUGAGUUCGAUUUGCUUCGUGCGGCUGUAGCCGGCCGAGCUGCGAGCCUCGCUUCGCGCUGCUUGAUUUUGGCAGCCUCAAUGGCAUCGGCUUUGAUCGUGGCAAGGUCUGGAUCCUCCACCCGCUCG